AUGGUUUAUAUGGGGAUCCCCAAGAAUUACACUACCUCGCCGUCCUCGCAUAUCGGCACCCCGUCUUUGACGAUCAAUCAUGAAGCUGUCGUCGAUCUUGACAGCUCCAAUGCAUUUGAGGGUCCCGAAAAGCUGUUAGAGGUCUGGUUUGGUCCAUCCGCCGACAAUCUUCUCGGAGGAACCGAGCCGCUCGGUCUCAAAGCCGUGCCCGCCGAGAUAUGGAAGGACAUGCUUGAUCUCGUCAAUUGCAAGGUUCUGUCGAUUGUCGACUCCGAGGAUGUCGAUGCUUAUCUGCUGUCCGAGUCCAGCAUGUUCGUCUGGCGCCACAAGCUCAUUUUGAAAACAUGUGGUACUACCACCCUGCUGUCAGGCCUCCCUCGGAUUUUAGAGAUUGCUGCAUUGUUCGCUGGAUUUCCAAGAUCUACGGCGCCUGCUUGCCGAAACAUUGCAAUUGCGGCAGCUCCUUACCGAGUCUUUUACAGCCGGAAGAACUUUCUCUUCCCCGACCAGCAGCGCGGUCCUCAUCGCAGCUGGCGCGACGAAGUAAGGAACCUUGACAAGCUUUUUGUCAAUGGAAGCGCCUACAUGAUCGGCAAAAUGAAUGGCGAGCACUGGUAUCUCUACUUGACUGAGCCCUAUACUCUGUUGACUCCGCCAUCGACCCCGCCUCCCGAUACUCAAACCAAGGUUGUCAACAUUCCAGAGGAUCUUCAAAGCAAAAAGAAAAACCCCGGAUCUAGCGGAGAGAGCGACGAAACUCUUGAGAUUCUGAUGACGGAUUUGGAAGAGGAGAAUUCAAAGCAAUUCUACCUGGACCAUGCGAGUGCGGUCGCAGACAUCCGUUACCGGAAGAUUGAGAAGGAAAGAGAUGACCAUGUAGACGUGUUUAGCAACACGUCUUCAGACAUCAGUGACACCUCUGAUGGCGAGCAUGCUUUGCCAGCAGAGCUGACCACCGAGGGUCACGCACUUGGCACUGUCGUGUCCGAGUCUUGUGGUCUAUCCGAUGUGUAUCCAACCAGCAAAUAUCCCGAAGCUCGCAUCGACGCCUACCUGUUCACUCCCUGUGGAUUUUCUGCCAACGGUGUUGUGCCUGCUCCCGAUGGCAAAUUCGGCACCCAUUAUUUCACUGUCCAUGUGACACCAGAGCCUCAAUGCUCGUACGCCUCUUUUGAGACUAAUGUGCCACACUCCCAAGAAGGACGUGAAACUGCAGAGAUCGUCAAGAACGUGGUCGACAUUUUCAAGCCCGGUCGUUUCACCGUGACCUUGUUCGAGGCAAAACCAGGCGUGGCGGGUGACGAUGUUUUGAGCCCAACCAAGUUCCACCGCUCAGCCCUCAUUCAGGCGCAGAAGAUGGAGAAUAUUCCUGGCUACCGUCGUGUCGAUCGGAUUGUCCAUGACCUUGAUGGGUACGAUCUAGUCUUCCGUUACUACGAACGCAACGACUGGAAGGGCGGUGCUCCCCGGAUUGGGGAGCUCUGA